AUACUUAACCGCUGUGUGCAGUGGUUUUGCACAGAGCAGCCUGGAUCCUCCUCUUCUCGGGUCCCCCGCAGGCUCUCCUGGCUCCUCCUGUCGGGUGCCCCCACAGCAAACAUCUUGAUAUGGGGGCACCCGCUACUCCGUGUGUCCAUUCACAUACGGAGUCACGGCUUUGAGGAGACAGAGAUCUGGGACAGCCGAGGCUGUUGUGUACAUCGUUGGAUAGCGAUGGGGCUCAGGUAAGUAUUGAGGGGGCUGGGGGCACUGCUGCACACAGAAGGUUUUUCUACCUUCAUGCAUAGAAUGCAUGAAGGUAAAAAAAAGUCAGCCUUUACAACCACUUUAAAGCUU